AUGAGUACAUCUGUUCACUCAAUCCCGCCAACGUGCAAGGCUGGCGUUGUUAAACGCCAUGGACAGGCGUUUGAACUGGCGGUCGAAGAGGUACCAGUGCCUCAACCGGGUCCCGGGCAACUCUUGCUCAAACUCAACGCCACCGGCAUCUGCUAUAGCGACAUUCACUACAUGCUGGAAGAUCUACCGCUUCCGCGCAUGGGCGAUUAUGGAGUCAGAUCGCCCGGCCAUGAAGGUGCCGGGGUCGUCGUCGCGCUCGGUGAAGGUGUGACGGACUGGAACGUCGGCGACCGUGGCGGUGUCAAGCCCACGUGGGACACUUGCAUGUCUUGUGAAUUGUGUUUGAGCACUCUGGAAUGCCACUGUGCUCGAGCAAUCUCCACUGGGUUGAACGUCCCUGGCACAUACCAAGAAUAUAUCCUCAGCCCAGCAAAAUACACUACUCGAAUCCCGCCAGAGGUGGAUGACUUUGCCGCUGGUCCGAUCAUGUGCAGCGGGUCUACGAUGUAUAGAUCGCUCGCAGAAUCUGCCGUCAAACCCGGCGAAUGGGCCGCGAUCAUCGGAGCCGGCGGUGGCGUGGGCCACAUGGGAGUUCAGCUCGCCAAAGCCAUGGGCAUGAGGGUGAUUGGGGUCGAUGGCGGAACCGACAAACAAGCCUUGUGUCUUCAGCUUGGCUGUGAAGCCUAUGUCGACUUCCAGGCCACCAAAAACAUUGUUGACGAGGUCGUGAGGAUAGCCGACGGGAAGGGCGCACAUGGUGUCUUCGUCACCGCCACAUCGCCCAGCGCGUACGCGGCGGCAACCAGGAUGGCCCGCAUCGGGGGUAGGAUCAUGUGUGUCGGGAUGCCUCCCUUGGGAACCACGAUCGCCGGAGACGACCCGAUGUACCUGAUCCUACGAAACCUCAAGGUCGUUGGCACGUUGACGGGUUCAUUGAGAGAUACGAGCGACGCUUUGGCUUUCGCAGCCCGAGGUCUGCUGAACCCGAUAUAUGAGCGCGUUCCCAUCGAUCGCUUACCGGAAGCCGUGUCGAGAUUGCGCGCGGGAAAUGUACGAGGCCGGUUAGUGGUAGAUUUCAAUUCAGGCUAG